AUGCGCGGGGUGAUACGAGUAUUGGCAGCUCUUGCUGCCUGCUCCCUUGUGGGGGCAUAUCCCCAGCAGACCGCACCGCCGAACGGAACUUCGCCUGCCACUUCGCCUGGAAUCACCCCGGCCGCCAGUUGCGAGGCAGACUGCUCAUACAGACCCCCAUACUUUUAUUCCGUGACAUGGACUACCAAUGAUAUCACCGAAAACAUCACGUAUGCCACCGUCAUCACCAUCGUCAACACCGUCCGAAACACGACCAGAUAUGUUACGAGCACCAUUGACCUGCCCGACAACUAUACUCUGCCUCCGACCAACGCAGCCGGCACUGUCGUUUGUCCCGUGCCCUACAACGGUGGCACCACCUUACUGCCGUUUCCGAAUAUCGUUGCCGAUUACAAUGAUUACUACAGCUGGAACGGUCGGCUGGCGACCACGCAAGCAAAUGCAACCGCCACCACCAUCUGCUCCGACUCGGGAGGUGAUGUCGUGACUUUCAGAUCGCAUCCAGACUUCAACGCUUUCUGGUCGAGCCAUGCGACACCGCAUCCUACCCCUACAGCAACGGGUCCGAUAUUUGGCGACUCGCGAGGCCUGAAUUGGGGAUGCACGUGGAAUCCCGCCGAUGAGGGCCCCGCUUUCAUAUCCGCUUCCUUCACUGACGAAGCUGCGCUUUUCUCAUGCUCUCCUCACGAUUGGGCUCCCGUCGCGACCAUGCCAACAGCUGCUUUUCUCACUGUUUCGUCCGUGUCGUACGAGGGAGAUGACGAUGGCCUCACCACAACCGCUGCGUCUGCACAUAUCGAGACCUCGGUACCCGUGCAAGCGCCAACCCUAACCAAGACCGACGAUGCCACAUCUUCAGCUCAUACCGAGCUUAGUACAGUCCUCGAGUCUCCAACAGUCACUUCAAUUCCACAUGCAUCGACUUCUCACUCUGAAGUGGGAACGGUUGUCAACCCCCCAGACACCACUUCAACCGCUCACACCGAGGAAUCGGCAGGAGUAACCCCUCCGAAUGAGACAUCAGUACCGGGAUUUGCACACACCGAGGAGCCGGGAUCCGUGCAGCCACCUUCCUUGUCCACCACGUCGACCAUCUUUUAUACAGCACACACCGAGUCGUCGCAGUCACUCGACGAGCCAUCACCAACUACGACCUUGACAGCACACACCGAAUCGCCACAACCCGUCAACGAGCCCGAACCAACCACUGUUCCACCAACAGAAGUCGGGACUGUCAUAAACCCGCCUUCUGAGACUACUAAUGCAGGUGGGGCGGUAGGUGGAGUCAUCGGCUCUCUAAUUGGAAGUUACCUUUCCAACGGAGGGGCUCCUCCAACAAACGUGCCUGCGCAACCCGUUCAGAGCGCCGGGGCAAAUCCGCCUGCGGAUACCCAGCCACCACCGAGCACGAACGUUCCAGUAGGAUCAACAUCUAUAGCCAUUGUGCCCACCAUCAUCCCAACAGUUAUUGCUGGAACAAGUACCAGCAUCCCUGCUGUGGUCGUGGGUUCAAUGACUCUCACGGCGGGCCAGACGGUUGUAGUUGACAACACUCCCAUUUCCGUACCCACCGCCAACCCCCCGGCAGACCAAUAUGGCCAGCAUAACAAUCAACUCCCACAAUCUCCCGCAGUGGUCAUCGGAGGCAGCAGCACCGUCAUUCUCCCCACCACCGCCGUCGCUGCUCCCGCCACCCAAUCACCCACGCCACCCGCCCUCACCAUCGGCGACCAAACCAUCCAACCAUCCGGCGGCACCGCCUACAUCAUAUCCGGCCAAACCGUCCUCCCCGGCGGCUCCCCCAUCACCCUCGGCUCCGGCCCCGGCUCCUCCGCCACGAUCGUAGCCCUGACCACCAACCCCGCCGGCUCUCCCGUCGUCAUCCUCGGCAGCUCCACCCUCCCCUACGUCCCCGUCACCGGCGCUCCCCCUCUCAUCAUUCCCGUCUCCCUCUCCCCCUUGACCCUCAUCCCAGGCCAGACCGUCCAGCCCGUCCAGCCCGUCCAGCCCGCCUCCGGUGGAGCGAGCAGCACCGGCUACGUCGUCGACGGCCAAACCCUCAUCCCCGGCGGCCCGCCCAUCACCGUCGGCGGCACCGCCAUCGCCCUCACCACCAACCCCGCCGGCCAGACCGUCGCCGUCGCCGUCGCCGUCGGAAACAGCGGCGCGGGCGCGGGCGCAGCGGCGGCGACCCGAACCCAGACCCUCGCUCCCGCCGCGACGGCGCAGACCACCCCCGGCCCCCUCGUCAUAUACGGCACCACCGUCCAGCCCACCGUCAGCGGCGGGACGACGGGAUACGUCUUCGACGGGCAGACGCUGACGAUGGGCGGGACGGUGACGGUCGGCGGUGGUGCGAGUAAGACGACGACGACGACGACGCUGUUGGUGUUGACGACGAAUGCGGCGGGGCAGACGGUCGUCGUGCAGCAGCAGGGUGUCGUGGGGGCGGCGAGCGCAUCGGGGACGGGGACGGGGACGGGGACGAAGACGGGGACGAAGACGGGGACGAAGACGACCGGUGGUGGUGGUGGUGCGGCGGCGUCGGCGUCGAGCGCCAGUCAGGGGGGGCUGGGCGGGUUGAUCAAUUCGGGGUUGGGUGGGGGUGUUGCGGGUGCCACGGCGGCGGCGGGGGCUUCGUCGUCGUCGUCGACGGGGGCGGCGGGAGCGGUCGCGGUGGGGAGAGGCGCGGGUGUGGAGGGGGGGUUGGUGGGGGUGCUGGUGGGGUUGUUGGUUGCGGUUGUGUGA